GCCCAUUUGAAGUAUCCAACUAAUCUAUCCAUCCCUCUGUCGGACUAUGCCAAUUUAUCCAUCCCUCGGUCGGACGACACAAUCCGACUGCUAUAAAACGCACGCUCACACGCCCAAUCUCUCUCCUGCACGCAGAUUGCUUUGUGCUUUACCGUGAAAACCCACAGCUCAUAUCUCCUUCCCUCCCCCUCCAUCUUUAAUUUUUCUGCCAACAAAACAUACGAAAAUAUAGCUAUUUAUUUAUUUUUGAGAUACCAUGAAGAUCAAUAGAAGAGAUCUUGUACCAGGCGGACCUGGUAGCGUCAAGAUGACGCCGGUUGAUGCAGAUGAUCUUUGGUUUGUCUACAAUUUGAUAGCUCAUGGAGAUUCUGUUAUGGCUGUUACUGUCAGGAAAGUUUUGAGAGAGACGUCUACUGGAAGAGAUGCGGAGCGUGUUAAGCUCAAGUUAGAAAUCAAAGUUGAGGCUAUAGAAUAUGAUAAAGUAGGGUCUGUUCUGCGAAUUCGUGGAAAGAAUGUAUUGGAGAACGAAUAUGUGAAGAUUGGAGCAUUUCAUACACUAGAAAUUGAGCUGCAUCGACCUUUUGUUUUGAGAAAGGAACUUUGGGACUCGCUGGCAUUGCAUGUACUCAAUCAGGCUUCUGACCCUGCUGCAAGUGCUGAUCUUGCUGUGGUUUUAAUGCAAGAAGGAUUAGCACAUAUCCUGCUUGUUGGUAGAAGUUUAACUACUACUCGUGCAAAAAUAGAAACUUCAAUUCCUCGAAAACAUGGGCCUGCAAUAGCUGGUUAUCAGACGGCAUUAAAUAAGUUCUUUGAGCAUUUAUUACAGGCUUUUCUGAAACAUGUUGAUUUUAAUGUGGUUCGGUGUGCGGUGAUUGCAAGUCCUGGUUUCACAAAGGACCAGUUUCAUCGUCACUUGUUGUUGGAGGCAGAGAGGAGACAGCUGAGGCCUAUCAUUGAGAACAAGUCACGCAUAGUUCUUGUGCAUACAAGCUCAGGAUACAAGCAUAGUUUGAAAGAGGUUCUUGAUGCUCCAAAUGUUAUGAAUAUGAUAAAAGACACUAAAGCAGCACAAGAGGUCCGAGUUCUGAAGGAUUUCUUUGACAUGCUUUCAAAUGAUCCAGAUCGAGCUUGCUAUGGACCAAAGCACGUGGAGGUUGCUCAUGAACGCUUGGCCGUGCAAACUCUACUCAUCACAGAUGAGUUAUUCAGGAAUGCUGAUAUACCAAUGAGAAAGAAGUACGUCAACCUAGUCAACUCAGUGAAGGAUUCAGGUGGCACUGUUCAUAUAUUUUCAUCAAUGCAUGCAUCAGGAGAGCAAUUGGCUCAGUUGACUGGCGUUGCUGCGAUUCUGCGAUUUCCACUACCAGAGCUGGAGGACAUUGAGAUGUGAUGUUAAACUGUGGCGGGUAAGAAAGCAUUUAGCCGUAGGCUCUCGUCCCUUGCAAUCAGCAUGUUGUACCAUGUUUUUCCUUCAAUUUUAUUUUUGAUGUACAUUAUUACACCCACAGCAGUAGAUUGUAUCACGGGUAGAUUGAUUAAUAAACAUGGGCGUUUGUAUCACGGCCUGCAUUCUUUUCUCCUCCCCUUCUUUAAGCGUGUAGCCUCAGAAUUGUACAUAUAUGUAUCUGUAGCAAUAAAGCAGAUUGCAAUGAAUGGAUUCUCAUAUUGGAAUUUUGAAA